AUGCUUCACGGCGAUGACCGGACUGCCCACCUCUCCCUCAACCAGCGAAUAGGGCUGCAGCACUUCGACGAUUGCGUCGUCGACGACAACGUACGACCUCGGUUGGGCUCCGACGACAGCGAGGAGCUGAUGUACGUUUUGAAUGGCGUCGCCGUCGCCCUCGGUUCCCGGCCCCUGGAGUCUCCUGGGUCUCUCUAUAUCACCACCAGGAGAGUGAUUUGGUUGAGUGACGCCGACAGAGGGAAAGGAUACGCGGUGGAUUUUCUAUCGUUGUCCCUUCACGCUGUAUCGAGGGACCGGGAGGCCUGCCCAUUUCCUUGCAUCUAUACUCAGAUUGAGACGGGUGAUGAGGAUGAUGAAGAGGAGUCCGAAGACUCAUAUUCAGAAAUAAAUGGUGAUUUGGUGUUGUCAAAAAUCACUGAAAUGAGACUUGUUCCUUCAGAUGCUGGAAAAUGUAUCCUUGCUGUCAUGCAUGCUUUGUAUUGUUUUCAUUGGUUGCAACAUUUUUAUGUAUCAAGAACUGAAAGGCAAUACUGUGAAUUUCAAAUGAUAACCAAUCAUAACAGCUUCCAAGGAAUUUGA